UGAAUUAUGUAAAAUAAUUUAAAAAUUAGGAAAGGUUUUAUGAGAUUGCGAUGCAUUUUGAAGAAGGUGGCGUUUCACGCGACACAGGUAUAUCGAUUGUGUGUGUAGGGUGGCCGGCAUGAGUGAAGGCCGACGAAUGGGACACAAUUUUCGUAACGGCUCUUUGCGAAACUUAAAACUGUUCGAAUAGACUGAACGAUGAGCAUGAGUGUGAGAUGAUGCCAGGCACGUCUCGCCAAUUGGGAACUUCGAACGGUGGUAAAAACCGACUUCCUUUCAAUUGUUUUUAAUCUUUCUACAUAAUAUAGUGUCGAUGUUUCUGUCAAGGCUGGCAGAUGUUUAAUAUUUCUUUACAAUUCAAUACAAUCAAGAGAUGCAAAGCGUAUCAACAACGUUUUUAAUACACAAUCAUUCUGAUCUUAAUGAAAAUAUAUCCACGUGGCUACGUGUGUACGGAAGUGAUUUUCAUAUCUGUUUACUACAGGAUUGACAGGUGUCUAUGUUCUGCCCUGAGUGGGACACUUUAAUGGAGGUUCAUCAUGAACCAAUUGAAAAAAACUAUAAACUGUUGGAAGAAAUUGGCAAAGGACAAUUUGCAAUAGUACGAAAAUGUAUGGAAAUAAAGACUGGAGAGUUUUAUGCUGCCAAAAUUAUGAGAAAAAGACGAGUUGCCAGAGGUGUGGCAGCUGCAGAUAUUGCUCGAGAAGCAGGUUUAUUAGCACGACUAAGACAUCCAAAUAUUGUUUCAUUGCACAAAGUUGUUGAUACAGGCACAACAGUUGUUUUACUUUUAGAAUUAAUUUCAGGAGGAGAACUUUUUCAUUGGGUUCCAUCUGGUGAAUUAGAAGCUGCACAUGUGGUUCGUCAAGUUUUAAUGGCACUUAGUCAUUUACAUUCUCAUCAAGUUGCUCAUUUAGAUAUUAAACCUGAAAAUAUCCUUUUAUCAACUCCACCACCAAUGCCAAGUAUAAAAUUAAUAGAUCUAGGACUCUCACAUCGAUUAGUACCUGGAUCUGAACAUAGAGCAUUAUUUGGUACACCUGAGUUUGUUGCUCCUGAAAUUGUAAAUUAUGAACCACUCAGUUUGGGAACUGAUCUUUGGGCAGUAGGUGUUCUGACAUAUAUUCUUUUAAGUGGUGCAUCACCAUUUCUAGGUGAAGAUAAGCAAGAAACUUAUGCAAAUGUUGCUGCUUGUCAAUAUCAGUUUGAUAAUGAAUAUUUCAGUACAGUAUCUGAAAUUGCCAAAGAUUUCAUACGAUCCUUGUUGAUCAAGGAUCCAAAAGAAAGAGGAACUGCAGAAUCGUGCCUUAAACAUCCUUGGAUCCUCACGGAGUCGGAAGCCUCUCAAGGUCUUGGUGGAGCAAUGAUUAGUGCUGUUAAACGAGGCUGUGUUGAGGCUGUGUCUCAAUUAUUACUGCAAGGAGCACCAUUAAAUGUGAAAGAUUCUAAGGAAGAUACGCUUUUACAUAUAGCUUGUGAAGCAGGAGAUGAAGGAAUGGUAACUUUUUUAAUAGAAAAUGGAAUAGACUUGGAUACACCAAAUAAAAAGGGCUUAACACCAUUACAUGUGGCUGCUAGAUAUGGUUUCAUUAAUCUUGUUAGACAUUUGUGCCUUGCUGGUUGUGAUGUUGACAAAACAAAUCGUGGAAUUAGAGCAGAUGUAACAGCAAUCAAAUAUGGACAUCCUGAUAUUGCAUCACUGUUGGAUAAACUUCGAAAUCCCAUUCAACGUGAAAAUUAUAUUAAACAGCUACAGCCAACACAUAGACCAAUAGAUCGUUUACAUAUAAGACUUUUAGGACAUUGUGCAUCAGGAAAAUCAUCUUUAAUAAAUUCUUUAAAAUCGGGUAUUUUUAGUUUUGGAUUUUUUAGAAGAUCAAGAAGUCAAAAUUAUACUGCGAAGAGAGAACCAAGUAUUGAAUUAGAUGUAACUAGUAAACAUGGUUCACUUAGUUUCGAAUAUAGUGACAGUGAAUAUGAAGGUACACAAGGAGUAGAAUGGAGUCGUGGUAAUGUAGGUGGAGAAUGUAUCUUUUGGGAAUUAUGCGGUCGCGAAGAAUUUUUAGCAUCUUAUCAUUAUGUUCUUACUUUUCAACAACCUGCUGUACAUCUUAUUACAGUUAGUCUGAGAGAACCACUUACUGUACAACUUCAGCAAAUAAAAUUUUGGUUACGAUUUAUUUCAGAUCGUAUUGCAUCAACUAAUUUUGGUUUUGGUGGUAAAUAUAAUGAUUUAAAAGUAAUUUUGGUUGGUACUUAUGCUCCAGAACCUCUUGCCCCAAAUUCAAAUAAUGGUAGUCUACUUGCCCCACUAUUACCUUUUUUAAAAGAGUUCACUCCAAUUUUGGGAGAUGAACCACAAAUGGUCGCAGUGGAUGCAACUAAUCCUUCUAGUCCUGGUCUGAAACUUCUAAGAUCUUACUUGAAUAAUGCAAGGAUGGAAUUUUUAGAGGAAGGACCGGAAGUUGCAGAAAGUAUUCUCCGACGUGACACGCCGCGGGCUGCGGCCUCGUACGUGCCCUUGACGAAUCUUGAUAAACAGAGUGCACUAGUAUGGACUGGUCUUGCAGAAUCUUGGAGAUCGUAUGUGCAAUCUUUAGAAGUACCUCCAGUUAUGCUCACACAGGAGGAAUUUUUGAAGGAAGUAAGAAAAAUUAAUCCAUUAGUUUCUUUAGAGCAUUGUAGACAUCUUGGAUUACAAUUACAGAAUUUAGGGGAAUGUAUGCUUCUUCCUGGGAAUUUAAUAGUUUUAAGUCCAGAAUGGUUCUGGCAGGAUGUAAUAAAUUGGCAAUUAAGUUUAGAACAACGAGGACGUCUUGGUGGUCGUACUACAGGUGUUUAUGCUUUAGAAGAUUUUCAGGCUCGUUGUCCUUGUCCUGCAGGACAAGCUUUGCAAGCUUUACAAGCUGUAAAUUUGUGUGUACCAUGUGAAGUAGAUGAUGAUGAAGUAGAAUAUGAAAUACCAUGUUUGAAUCUUGUUGAGCGUUUACCAGGAUUAUGGGAACCAUGGAAACCAUGUUCUAAUAUUUUGCCUCAUACUGGUCUUCGUCUUUGUCCAUCUGAAGCACCAUUAUAUCAUUUGAUUGCAGUAUUUCCACAUUUACAAGCACAAUUAAGAAAAAUUACUCAAACAUGGGAUCCAUCAAAUUCAGAUUUAUAUCAAUGGUGGAGAGGAUCAAAAUUAUGUAUCGGUCCUUGCGAAAGUAUUAUUACUUUUGAAGAAGAAGAGCAGAGUUGUAUAGAGAUAAGAGUACGUGGACCGCGAGGUACCAGUGCCCAAUGUUUUGCUCUUUUUAGUAUUAUUCUGGAUGCUAUUGAAACGACAAUUGAAUUAGUUGCUCCUGGCAUGUUACUUGAAAGAUACUGGUUAAGUCCUAGUCAACUUCGCGAAUAUGAUGAAAUAAUAUAUUCUUGGGAACCAACAUCAAUUAUAUCAGCUUUAAUUGAUAAAGGUCUUGAAGAAGCAACUCUUAAAAAUCCUUUAAAUAGUCGAGAAGAAAGUGUAUGGGAAAUAGUAGGUUGUGGAUUACCUUUAAUAGAAAAUUGUCUUCCUGGACCAAAACAACCAAUAAAACAAAUUAAAGCUGCUGUGCAAAGAAGAUUAGCUCAGAUGCUUGAUCCUCCUGAUCGUCAUGGAAGAGAUUGGUGUUUACUUGCUGUAAGAUUAGGUUUGGGAGAUCGAGUUGCUCAGCUAGAUAGCACAGUAGAUAGUCCAACAUUGAGAUUAAUUAACACGGCUGGUGCUGAUUGCACUGUAGGAUCUUUAAUACAACAAUUACGAGCUCUUGAUCGAGAAGAUGCUGUACAUUUAUUACUCUCUUAUACACCGACAUAUAUAUUAUCAACAACUACUGAUUCUGAGACAGGAUCUAAUCUUUCUAGAUGACAAUGUUGCAUUUAUCAAUGGUGCAUUAAUACUUUCUGAGAUACGGAUUUCUGAAAGAAAUUUUCAUCUUUGUUAUGGGUUUAAUAGACUUACUACGUCACCGCUUCCGCCCAACAUAAAUUGUGCAUUGCUCUUCAGUACAUAAUUAUAAUAUAUUGUUUGUGUACUUAUUUAGAGGUAUAUUGAAAUGCACAUGCACUGAUGUGUACUUUUAUAUCAAAAUAUUAGAGCACACUUUAAGCGGCACAAAAAAAGUUCUUUUAAUAUAUUCCUUUUAAUAUAUACAUAUACACUUAUAUAUAGUUAAAAAGUUGCAUAAUUUACAUUUCUGUAUUUUUUUUAUGAACUUUUUUGAUUCUGGAAAUAUAUCAUAAUUUAAGUGUUAGUAUAAAAAAAAUAUUUAUAAUUCUGUUUUUGUUACAUUUGAAAAUAUUUACUUAACAAAAAUCUACAUAAAAAAAGUACUAAUUUUUAAUAUUUAGAAUUAAUAUUUAGAAUUUUUUCUUAAUUGUGAAAUAUUUGUAAGCAUUUGUAUUGUGAUAUUAUAUUGUAUGAUUAACUACAUUUUUAAUCAAGUUUCUUAAGUAAAUUUAUAUGUAUUAGACAAAAUAAUUCUAAAUAAUGUGUAUGCACGCGUAAAUCAUAAAACACGUUUACACACUAUAUAAUACAAUAUUAUCGUAUUUGAUACUAAUAUUGUUUUGAAAGCUUUUCUUGAUAUGCAUAUAUAUUAUAUCUUGCCAAAACUCAGUGUUAAUAUACGCUGCUUUCUAUGAUAUUUAGGAACUAUUUAUGCGAAAAAAGGAGUGAAACACUUCGCACAAUUCUUUGCUUUUGGUAUAUUUACGAAAGUUCCAUUCUUAUAUCGACAUUUUUUACUAAAUCAACAUUCCUAAAAUAUUUAUUAUGUGCCAUAAACAAAACUUGCUCAUCUAUACUUAUCAAAAGGUGAAAAUGUUUCUUUAAAAAUUGAUCCUUCUUUCUGCGUGUGAAAGUAAUUUUUUCGUAAUGACAUUUAAAAUAUGAAGGAUCACUGUUCAAAACAAUCUCAAAUAGUGACAAUGAAUUUUGAAUAAUGAUAAUGAAUAAGAUUAUUCAUAUUUUAUAGGCACAAUAAUAUUUCACAAGAUAUACUAUUCAUGUAUAAUAUGCAUGAAUGUAUAUUAUUAAAAAUAUUAUUAAAAAUAAGUCAAAUUUGUUGUUCAUAGAAAACAAUUCUUUGAACAUAUCUAUUAUGUAUUAACUUUAUCCAGUGGUCACUGCUUAUGUAUAGUCUGUUAAGUAGAAGAUGAUUUGUAUUCUUAUCUUAUAUAAAUAAUGUUUGAUACAAAUCUUAAAUGUAUGGAAAUAAUUGAAUAUGACAUGUGUAAAAUGUAAAAAUAUCACAAAAGUAAUGUCUUUAAUUCAUAUCUUAAAAAUUAGUUUUCAUUUGUAAAUUGUAUCUAAGAUAUUUUGGUUAUCUCUGUGUUCUAUUUUUAUCCAUUUAUUAUAUGAUAAAAAUUUAAUAUAAUGUUGUACAAUUAUAUAUUCUCGAAUCAUCGAAUUUUUUGGUAUUGAAUUAUUUUUUGAAAUUCAUGUUCUCAGGUUUAUAUUUUUAUGCACUGUGUUCAUUUUAUAUUUACAAGUUUGAAAUAUAAAAUUUUUUAAUAUUUUUAAUGUAAAUUAAAAAUAUUUUUAAUAUAAUUGUAAGGAAUUAUUUUCUUAUUAUGUACGCUGAAUUACGAACAAACAUUUGUUUUUAAAAAAUCUGUUAUUGCUCAGUAUUGUUAAUUAUACAACAUAUAUGUAUAUUUAUUUAAGAAAAAAACAAUUUUACUGUUACAGAGUAAAUGUAAAGACAUAUUCAAUUCAUCUGAUAGUAUUUGUGUUUUAUAGCUUUUGCUUGAUACAAUAUAGAAACCGUUAAAUAAAUAAUUACAUUUAAAAUUAAGAUUAAAUAUAAUAUUAUGCGCAACAAGGACAUUUUGCAGAAUAGAAAAUUGAAAAAUAUAGUAAAUAUAAUAUCAAUAAGUUGUUGUUAUUUAUAUUUUGUAAAAAUAGAAAUAUGAUAUUGUAUGAUUUUGUUGUGAUUAAUAGUAUUUAAAAUUUUCUAGCUUUUAUACUAACUUCGAUGUUACACAAAAUUUCUCUUUUUUAACUUGAUCUGUAAAUUUGCUUAAAAUUUGCUAAAAUAUAUUAUAAAAAUAGGAGAUAGAUUAUAAAAAAUAAUAACUUGAUAAAAUAUAUCAUUAGGAAAUUAUAUCCUUCAAAUUAUAAUCAAAAUUGAUGCGGAAGUAAUAUAUUAAUGUUUUAAAAAAAUCUUAAACUUUUAAAAUAGUAAAAAAAAAAAUGUAAUAUAGAAUAGUUCAAUAAAUUUCUACAUUGUGAAUUAAAUUCGAAGAAAAAUUAUUUAAUUAUUGCAAAGUGUCGUAAAGUUGCGUUAAAUUUUAUUUAUCUUAUAUUCACUUAGUAGGAUGUAUUUAUAUUUAUUAUCCAUACUUUUGUAAAAAAAAAAUUCAGCCAUGAGUAGAAGCGAAUAUGAAUUCUGAAUAGAAAAACUUAUAUGCUGCGCAUUUGUUUGUAACGUCAAAGAAUGAGAAAUACAUUAGCUGAACGAUAUGUGUAAUUAUUCCUUUUAUACCGGAAAAAAAUGUCAAUAAAAUCAUGUUGCUUCAUAAUCUUUAUCAUGAAACAAUUAUUGUCAUACCAUUUUUAAUUAUCGAGAUAGAAUUCCCGCGUUUCUAAUGUACAUUGGCAGUCAUUGUGCACGAUAUCGAUUCGAUACAAAUCGAGUGCUGGUAGAAGCGGGAAAAUUUAAAUAUCAGGAAGAUAAAGUGGAGAACGCGGCGCGAAAUUAGAAAUUUUCCAAGAUAUCGGAAAAUCGAAGAAUGUUUAUCUUACUAUGGUAUUUAUGUAGACUAGGUUACGUAGUCGAUAGGAAAUAGGAACGGAAUUCUUUCGAGCCGAGAAUAGCAUAAGAGAGGUGGAGAUCGCGUUUCGUUGGUAGCCACUGCAGCGAGUAGCAAUCAGCCAGUGAAGAGCCGGGAUAAAAUCGGGACAAUAGCCAACAAGGCAACAAGCAAUUAUAGAAUUGGAUUGGAUCGAGAAGUUCGAGGAGGCCUGCGACGCCGGUUUCGUUUUAUUUUAGCUUAGCUUUCGAAGGCAUCCGGUUGUACAUUCUCAUCGCGGAUCAUCGCCACGAUUACAACAGUUCAAAUUGCCGACGAAGGAUAAACGAUAAAAGGAUAGAAAAGUAUAAAUCGUCAUCAUGGAGGCGAUUAAAAAGAAGAUUGCGGCGUUGAAGCAAGAGAUGGAUGCUGCUAAUGAAAAAGUAGAGGCAAAUGAAGCGAAGGCGAGAUCAGAGAACUUUCGUGCGGAUAAGCUGAACGACGACGUAAGAGAUCUGGCUAAAAAGCUCACUCAGCUCGAACGAGAUUACGAAGUGGCCAAAGCGAAUUUAGAGCAAUCUACCGCUGAUUUGGAACAAUGCGAAAAAUCUUGGUCUAAGGUAAACACGUGUUUUAAACAGAUUUACGAAAGUUGAUAUUGUUUAUAUUUGAUGAAUGACGUUAACAGGCAGAGCAAGAUCGAACCACGUUGACCAAGAGGGUGCAAGAAAUUGAAACAACGUUAACGAAGAAGGAGGAAUUACGUAUUACUGCUCAAACGAAACUUGGACGUGCAUCAGAACUUGCGGAUGAUGCACGAAGGUUUUUAUUAAGAAUUUUAUAUAAUAGAUAAAAUAUUGGAAUUUUCCUUUUUCUUCGUCAUUUUUUAAGUUCGCAGAUCAAAAUAUAUAUUAAUAUGCUUUAAAGUAUGAAUAAAAUUUUAAAAAGUAUGAAUAAAUUAGCAUACAUGUUUUUCUUUCUUAGAAUGUGCAAAGUAUUAGAAGAUAGAAGUCGGCUGGACGAAGAACGCAUGGAAAAAUUGAUGCAAGAACUGAAAGAUGCAAGAUUAAUUGCUGAAGAUGCGGACGCCAAAUCUGAGGAAAUAUCGAAGAAAUUGGCGCUCGUUGAAGAGGAAUUGGAAGGAGCGGAGGAGAGAGUGAAAACCAGCGAGGCGUUUGUAUAAUUAUAUGACAUAUUUUUAACUUAUAAAAUUUCUAUAAAUUUUUCUUUUACAUUCUUAACAUGUGUUUACAGAAAAAUCAUAGAACGGGAAGAUGAGCUUUUUAUCGUGCAAAACAUCGUAAAAUCUUUAGAAGUAUCCGAGGAAAAGGUAAUUAUUAUAAUUUCAUUUAUAAAUUCAUUUAUAAAGUGAUAAAUAUAAUUUUUAAAAUAUAGUAAAAUUCAAUUAAUCCUACAUCAAUUUUUAUUCUUUUAUCUUUAAAUAAAUAAAUAAUUUAUUUAUUUAGGCUAAUGCACGAGUGGAAGACUUCAAAAUACAAUUAAAACAAUUAAAAAAAAAAUUGAGGGAGGCUGAGAAACGUGCCAUUCAUGCUGAAAGAACAGUGAAAAAAUUGUUGAAGGAAGUCGAUAUGAAGGAAGGUAUGAUAAGUAGUAUAUUGAAAUAAGAAUUCAAUUUUGUUUUUUUUUUUUUUAAAUAAGAUUUUUUUAAUGACAAUUGUGUUUUAGAUGAACUCAGAGAAGAAAAAGAAAAAUACAAAGCAGUCUGUGACGACAUGGAUGCUACAUUCGCAGAAAUGACAGGAUAUUAAAAUUACAGAAACGGAUGGAGUUUCUUUUAUUUUGCUAUUCUAAGCUUCUUCCGCUUAUUCGCUACAUUUAAUAAUGGACAUCAGUCGGCUGUGUUCAGCUACGCUGAUUUAAUUCGUUGAAGUGUUCGUCGUAUAGUGUACCGUGAAAAAGAAAACGUUUGAAUGGGGUUUCAAAUAAUUAUAAUAUAAUUAAUUCGAUUAUGCGAAAUUAUGCAAUUAAUAUGGUGACUAGAAAGUGACUAGACAGUUAGUUUUUGUUAAUCGCUUUGCUUCAAGCUUAACACUUUGCUAAAGCUUCAGAGAUAAUCGAGCUUAAUUGCUUCAGAAACAAAUAGUCUCUUUUCGAUAGAAUUAACGGUAUUACCUAUUUUUCUUUCAGAGACAUUGAAGAGGAAUUUCUGUGCACAUGAAAACAAGUGCAAUACCGUAUCCCCUUUUUAUCAUUGUAUGCCAAAUCUGUAUUUUCAAUAAACGGUAUUUAAAAAGAAA